AAGCAUUUUAAAAUAGUUUUCAGUCUCAAUAUACUGAAGCUAGAACAGUUCCCUAAUCACCCAGCCUCUUAAAUGUUUUCUUUAGGCAAAAACCCAUCCUAUAGGACUUGUUGUGGUGUUAUACAUUUAAAAAGUUGAAUGGUGACUGUCAGUGUUGAAACAGCACUUCAGCUGCCAUGGUGUUUUACUGCAAUAUUACAGAAGAGUCCAAAAAUGUAACUUUAAAAAAGGUCUAAGCUAAGCUGACAUAACACUGCAGUUUUCAUAUGAUGUAUUUCUGAAACCGACAGAAAAGAGAGAACAAAAAAACCGUCACCCUGAAGGUGCUUGAGCUUCCAAAAAAGGAUUCAAUAGCACAAAUGAAUGUUGUCCUGAUGGACUACAAGUUAAAGACAUAUUAGAAAGACUGUCAAGAAACAAUACACACAUUUAUCCCCAUGGUUGCUCAUUCUAUAAUGUUGAAUUGUGUAUAUUAACUGUGAUUGAUCGAAAGUAAAAUGCAACCCAAAGUCCUGUACAAUACAAACCCCACAACCCCUCCUCACACAGAAAGUGAUACAUUACGUUUUGGUUAAUAACACUCAUACAACAAUAAUUACAGCAUUUAUUAAUAAUAAAAUAAAAAUCCCAUAAAUCUUUAGCGAGGAUACAACAGUCCGUCCUUGUAUUGAAAAGGGUGGGUGACUGAAAACUCACACAUUUGCAGAAAUGUUAGUCCUUUUUUUGUCUUCUGCUGCCGCCUAGCGGACGCAGCCGUUAGUUGUUGGAGGUUGUUUCCAUAGUAACAGUUGUGAGCAGCAGCCAUGUCAGUAACAGGUGGACAGAUCUGAUCGUGACAUGGCUCCGGUCUGUAAGGUGAUACAUUAGACCAACAUUUGUAGAGAAAAUAUGUCUGGAAAAGGGGAUUUAGCUAAACUGGACGUUGGUGUAUUAACUGCUGAUCAGCAGGAGAAACUUCGACAGUUCAAGAUCAAGACGAGAAUUAACAAUGAGAAGUAUUUGAGAUCACAUCCAGAGAUGGAGGUAUUGAUAGGUGACUUUUUAAGAGAUGUGCUUCUAAAAAGGCCUGCGGACAUCCGGGAUUUCGCUGCAGAUCACUUCACCAAUCCAGACCUUCAUGUGUUAAUCGGCUCCAAAAUGGAAGGAAACAUGGAGUGAAACACACCCAACAGUCACAGUGCUUCCCCUUUGUGCCUUCUCUGUUCAGAGCAACACAUGUAUGGACUCUAUCUUUAGUCAAAACAAAGACAGAAAUACAUUUACGUCCGUCCACUUGAUAGCGUUAUUGUCCGAUUCCCCAUCAUACACAUGCAGGAAGCCAACAGAUGGGGAAGAUGCUAACUGCAUUUCCUAAUAAGAGUGAUUAAAAGGUUAAUGAGGAGAGGAUGUCCUGAGGGUCUCACACAUACGUUACACUGUGCUGUUGGCCGCAUCACCAAUAUGAUAUCAAGGCUGCAUUUUGUGUUUACUGCUUUCAACAACUAUUUCACCAGAACUAUCUAUGUGGCCUGCGUUGUGGGCACACAGCUGUUAUAGUCCGCAUUGAUCUGGAUAUGGGCCAGUCAACACUGAUUUAUUUCACCUAAAUAUUUCAUGAUGAUGCUGCAGUUUUCGUCUUUCUAAUUUUGAAAUCUGUCUUAAAGUCUUUCUCUUGUGUUUUUACAUCUCUUGUUCAUUUUUUAAACAUAUGUUCGUGUUUGUGCCAUUGAAAGUAAGGACAAGGAAAAGUUAUAGAUUGCAAAAAGAUUAAAGAAUUUUUCUUUCAGAUAAAUGUGUGUGUGUUCUAUUCAACUCCACCGUUUCACCUAAUCCUACUUCUACAACGACCUUAAUAUUCAAAUGUGCUCGGUUUCGGUUGUCACGGCUCUGUAUUCAGGAGCUUGUGUUUGCCCACUUGCUUUAUGGAUUGUGUAAAUAAAGCCUUUACUUUACCUUUACUUUA